CGAAGCACAGCUUGCUGCUUUAGUUAUACUGGUUUCUAUUGGUGAAUCGAUCUGAUCGAGAAUGAAUAUUUCGUUUCUCUCCGUUUUUCUGCUUGCUUUGGUCUUCUCUUUCCAAUUGAUCAACCCUUUCGUCUCUUGUCAGCAGUUCAAAGCAGAUGGGUCCGUGUUGGAAUUGAACGAGUCAAAUUUCGACUCAGCUAUCUCAGCUUUCGAUUUUAUCCUUGUCGAUUUCUAUGCUCCUUGGUGUGGACACUGCAAGAGGCUCUCUCCCGAGUUGGAUGCAGCUGCACCUGUACUUGCUGGAUUGGACCAGCCCAUUGUGAUAGCAAAAAUAAAUGCUGACAAGUUUAGACGCCUUGCUUCAAAAUAUGAAAUUGAUGGAUUUCCUACAUUGAAGCUCUUUAUGCAUGGUACCCCUCUAGAAUACACUGGCCCAAGAAAAGCCGAUUUGCUUGUUCGAUUCCUAAAGAAGUUUGUUGCUCCUGAUGUCUCUCUUCUUGAGUCAGAUGUUGCCAUUCGUAACUUUGUUGAAACAGCUGGAACACAUUUUCCUAUAUAUAUUGGCUUUGGCUUGAAUGAAUCCAUAAUAUCUGAAUUUGCCAUCAAGUAUAAGAAGAAAGCUUGGUUUUCUGUGGCAAAAGGUUUCUCAGAAGAAGCUAUGGUAACUUAUGAUUUUGACAAGGUUCCUGCAUUAGUCUCUUUUCAUCCAAGCUAUAAUGAGCGAAGCAUUUUCUAUGGCCCUUUUGAAGAUAAAUUUUUGGAGGAUUUUAUCAAGCAAAAAUUCUUGCCUCUGUCUAUGCCCAUAAACUAUGAAACACUUAGGCUUUUGAAAGAUGAAGAGAGGAAAAUUGUUCUUACAAUAGUAGAGGAUGAGACAGAUGAAAAAUCAUUAAAAUUAAUUAAGUUGUUGAAAGCUGCUGCAUCUGCGAAUCGUGACUUAGUAUUUGGUUAUGUUGGAUUCAAGCAAUGGGAAGAUUUUACUGAUACAUUUGAUGUCACUAAGAAGACAAAACUGCCAAAGAUGAUUGUUUGGGACAGAGAUGAAGAAUAUGCUUCAGUUAUAGGUUCAGAAAGUAUGGAUGAGGAGGAUCAGGGGUCCCAAAUAACACGAUUCCUUGAAGGAUAUAGAGAAGGAAGAACAGUGCAGAAAAGAAUCAGAGGUCCCUCGCUUGUUGGCUACAUCAAUUCACUAAUCAGCAUUAGAACCAUAUACCUGAUUGUCUUUGUGAUUGCUGUCCUCAUGCUUAUCCAAACACUUCAGAAACCGGAUGARGAUGAUGUACCUCAGAGACACACUGUUGCUCAAGUUGAUGACUCAAGUAGCUCUUUGACCAAGAAGCAAAGUAGAGAAUAUCGACCUGAGGAUAAGGAGGACUAAGAGAAGGUCUGAUUAACCUCUUGAUAUGAUCUCCUGGAAUAUGCUGCCACAAUAACAACAUUUGCAGAGACUUCAAGAGCAUUGUCAUCAACAUAGAUGAGGGAUGCUCUAUAAAAAUUUUCAGGGUUCUCAUGAUUUCAAGCUUCUCAUGAAUCUCUUCUGUACUUUCAUGUACAAGUUUUCAACCACUUUAUUUCUAAAGAAAGCAAUCUCAUAGAUUAAGUAUGUGAAUGACAUUACAGAAAUUAAUACAUGUUGAGUGAAAAAGAACAUAGCUAGAAUACACGUAGUUUGUACUUUGUAGUUAAGAGGAUUUAUCAAUUUAAUUUGCUUUUAGUUCUAA